AUGUUUAGCCUCACACUGACGGCGGAGUUGGCGGGGUAUGUUUGUCGCCGCAACGGCAUUUUACUAAACGAAUCUCAUGGCGUCGAGGAUGUUGAGAAAGCCCAUUCAUACCAGGACACUCGACUGACCGUAGCCAGGGUGACAAAUCUGCGGCCGGCAGACACAGAGGACGUGCCGUUCUGGUACACAUUUAAGGUCCAGUGCACGUCCUGCCGCGAGACGCAUGCCAACUGGGUCGGCCCUCAGGAACAAAAUGAAAUGAGUGGCAGCCGCGGCGAGGCCAACUUUGUCUGGAAGUGCAAGAACUGCAAGAGAGAAUCGACGGCCUCUAUCAAGGCUGGUGCCAAGCCCUACGAGCAGGCUGAGCCGGCCAAGCCGCAGAACAUUCUCGAGUUUGACUGCCGCGGCCUCGAGUUUGUCGAGUUCAAGCCGGAGGGCGACUGGCUGGCCGAGGGUGUCGACUCCAGCACAAAGUUUGCCGGCAUCGACCUGACGGACGACUGGUUCGAGUACGACGAGAAAGCCGGUGAGGAGGUCAGCAUCCAGGGGAUGAAGUGGGAGAUUAAGCGGGCGUAG